AAAACGUAAGCAGUCGUCAUUUACGUUUCAUCAACGAUUGAUUGCUUUGCUCACUGCUCGCGUUUUACUGCUCUGUCUCAUCCGCUCAACCGACUAUUGCGUCGGUCUACUGUACAUGAGAAGAUAAUGGAAAAAAAUGGCUCUCUCACAGGGUGCGAUUCACUUUGCGCUACCAAUGUUCCGCUACGCUCCGAAACGGCCAAGCGGGAGCGGUUCACGUGAACGCUACGAGCGCGACAGUCGCAAGAGGGCCAGAUUGUAGUGUUUGUUCCAAAUGCAACUUCACCUUUGCCAACAAUGGGGUGCGACACAUUAAGUCCGAAGAAAAAGGAAACGGAUCUUUUUGUAUGGACAAAUUGUGAAAACAACCCUCUGAACAUAACUCUCCUACAUUCAGAAAUGCUCGCAAUAAUUAUGGAAUAUGCGCUGAUUGAAGUACGGCAUAAUCUUCUUCGGUUACAUCUACUGUACGCGCGACAUCUGCUUCUUCAUCAAAGAGCUGUAUCUCCGGCAUCCUGAGCGUAUUUACGUUACAGAACUCAGAAUUAGCUGCUGCUCAUCGACCCCGCAACGUUUGGAGCGCGAUGGGAGCGGAAAUGAUGACAAGACGCGAUUCAAAUUCUCAAGGAAGAUGUCGGCCGUCCACGCGUCACGUGAGUGCUGCGGUCGUAAAUAGAAGCGAGCAGUCAUCGCAAAGUCAUCGUGAGAGAGGUCAGUGUUGCUAUCUUGGAGGAUCGCGAGGGGAAUUGAAUUCGACACACGGCGAGGUCGCCGGAGAUUUUGCAAUUAAUCGAAUUAUGUAACUGUCGAUAGUGCCGAUCGAAUUUUGGCGCACGACCGUCGUCGCUUCACGUCUCGAAGAUGGAGGAAAGUUGCAGUGAUUCCGAAGAGGAAUCCUUGGGCGCCAAAGUUGCCAUGUUCAAUCAGUACGCCAGCAAGCACAAGGACAAGCAGAGUAAGAAUCCGUUCACGUCCGGCUUGAACAUCGAGAAGCCGAAAUUCUCCAAGGAGGAAUACGGCAGGCCAGAAGCAGGUUCCAAGUCUGAUCUCCGCGGUCGCAAAGCGAACGCUCACGUGCUGAAGGAGAUUCUGGAGCUUUGCGAGAUAAUCAUUCAGGAGGGCACAGCUUGCCAGGACCAACCUGACGUAAUCGGCAUCACAUUCGGCGACAUCUUCAAUAUUUACACUAAUAUCAGUAACAAGUGCGUGGGGCUGCUUCUGAGGGCGAGGAAAAUGAAGUAUUUGGAGUUCGAGGGCGAGUGUCUCUUCCAGAGGAGAGACGACAACGUGCCGAUAUUCCUGGUGAAACCCAUAGAAGAAAUCCGUAAGGAAUAUAAUCAGCGGCUAGAAGAGAUCAGGACGGAGAGACUGGAGAGCUAAUGCGACUGAUGAUGUUUGCCUCCGCGAAUUUGCCUACGUUCGAAGAGACGACAUUCGCGAUUGCUGUCACUGGGAGCUGCCGGUCGGUCUGUAUUUAUUCGUCUGUACUUUAUAAGAGCGCAAAUCUUGUAAUAAAUAUGUCCAUUGUAUAGUGCGUACUUUGUACUCGACUCGCGUCGGCUUUUGUAUGUUGAAUGAAUGAGCGCGGUUUUCGAUGUAAAUAGUUCGCUGUUGACACGAAUGAGAUCCGUUGAUGUGACAUGAAUGUCAGAGCUUUAGGGAACGAUGCAAUUUUUACGCUGCAUCUUGUCGGAACGUUGUCAACUUUGUAAAUAUCCAACACGUAAUAAACGAUUGAUGUAUCCACCGUA